GGAGCAAAAGCAAAGCAACUGUUAGUAAUCAAUACUGAUGGACUGAUGGUCCACGUGAGUUGUUCUAACCUUUCUUUAUUUUAACUUGUAAUAUAUUUAUGUGCUUCAGUUAUUAUAAUUAAAUCUUCGAUUAAAGAAUCAUAUGAACUUGAGUAAAUAAACAGAAACACGUGUCUAAUGUCAAUGGCUCAAAAAAAGAGAUUUUCUUCACUAAUAAAAACAAGAGGUUUACGUAUCUCUUUUGAGAAGAAACAAAAAUUGAGAGAAGAAUUGAAACGUGUUAAAGAACAAUCACGCGCAUUAAAAGACAAAUUUAAAGCUGAAAAAGAAGCUAAAAAGCAACGGAGAAUUGAAAAUUUGAAACGAGCUCAAGAGAAUGCUAAGAAAAAUGAAAUUGUCCAAGUAAUAAAAAAUACUGCAAAAAUAAAGAGAAUGAAGAAGAAACAAUUACGAAUGAUAGAAAAACGUGAUACACUCAAUGCAUCAUCAUAACUAUCAACAACUACAUUAACUUUAUAAACUUAAUAAUAAACAAAAUGACAAUACUU